CUCAGGCACGCCGAGGGCAGUUCUUGCGGGGUCCUCGUGGCAAGCCAAGAUGGCUGCCCCCGCAGUGAAGGCUGUGCGACGGUGGUCUGGCCUAACGCUGGGCCUGCGGAGUGUUGUCCUGAGGCUUCCAGGGGUAACUCAGGUGAGGUGGAGCCGCUAUGGUCCUGAAUACAGGGACCCCCAGGUUGACAAGGAAUAUUAUCGCAAGCCCUUGGCCGAGCUGACUGAGGAGGAGAAGUAUGAUCGGGAGCUCAGGAAGACUCAGCACAUCAAAGCUGCCCCGGCGAUGAAAACAAGCUCUGUGUUUGAAGACCCAUUGAUCAGUAAAUUCACCAACAUGAUGAUGAAAGGAGGAAACAAAGUACUGGCCAGGUCCCUCAUGACACAGGAAGUCUGGGGCAGCCUCUUCCACUGUAUUCCUUUGCAGACUCUGGAAGCUUUGAAAAGGAAGCAGUUUGAGAAGUACCAUGCUGCUCCUGCAGAGGAACAGGCAACCAUUGAACGAAAUCCCUACACCAUCUUCCACCAAGCACUGAAAAACUGUGAGCCUGUUAUUGGGCUGGUACCCAUCCUGAAGGGUGGCCAUUUCUACCAGGUCCCUGUGCCGCUAGCCGACCGGCGGCGUCGCUUCCUGGCCAUGAAGUGGAUGAUUACUGAGUGCAGGGAGAAGAAGCACCGGCGGGUGCUGAUGCCAGAGAAGCUGUCACACGAGCUGCUGCAGGCUUUUCAGAACCAGGGCCCUGUGAUCAAGAGGAAGCAUGACAUGCAUAAGAUGGCUGAGGCCAACCGAGCCCUGGCCCACUACCGCUGGUGGUAGGGGGAGGACAGGGGCUCCAAGAGCCCAUGCUCUGUCGGAGGAAACGAUGCGAGCCACUGCUACCUUAAAAAGGCUGGAGUUCUUCUUUAAUGGCAGGCAGGUGUCACAGAAAGGUUGGAGCAGGGUGUUCUGCUUGUUAGUCCUCUCUCUGGGCUAGAACUCACUCUCCCGGCUCUGUCUUGCCAAGACAGAACACACUGACUUGAAUUUCCCCCAAGAAACUUAGGGCCCAUCCAGCCAUCUCUUCCCUCCGCUUUGGAUGGACGUUUGGGUGGUAUGAAUGGAAGCAGUUUUAGUAUCAGAAAGGUUUAUUAGAAAACCCUCACCCUGAACUGGUAUUAGCAUGUGAUGCGGUACUGCCAUUCGUUAAAACUGACUGGAGGAAAUAGGUUUGUUUCAAAAGUGGUCCUUAUACAAAAUGUAUAAAAAGCAA